UCGGAGCCCGAGGAUGAUGAAUGGAGCAGCGGGACGCUCGCACAAUGACAGACGCGAGCGGGUCCUCAAGUUAGGCGAGAGUUUCGAGAAACAUCCGCGCUGCGCCUUCCACACUGUGCGCUAUGACUUCAAACCCGCUUCUAUUGACACCUCUUGUGAAGGAGAGCUUGAGGUCGGCAAAGGUGAACAGGUGACCAUAACUCUGCCAAAUAUAGAAGGUUCCACUCCACCAGUAACUGUUUUCAAAGGUUCAAAGAAACCUUACUUAAAAGAAUGUAUUUUGAUUAUUAACCAUGACACUGGAGAAUGUCGACUAGAAAAACUCAGCAGCAACAUCACUGUAAAAAAAACAAGAGUUGAAGGAAGCAGUAAAAUUCACUAUCGUAUAGAGCAACAGCAGCAACAAAUGCGGAAUUUGCCUAGGACUCCCAAUCUUGUGAAACAGUCUCCAUCCGAAGACAAGCUGUCCCCAGCAUCUCCGAUGGAUGAUAUUGAGCGAGAACUGAAGGCAGAAGCUAGUCUAAUGGACCAGAUGAGUAGUUGUGAUAGUUCAUCGGAUUCCAAAAGUUCAUCAUCUUCAAGCAGUGAGAAUAGUUCCAGUGACUCAGAAGAUGAAGAGUGCGGAUCUUCUCCUUCUGAUCCAGGGAAUUAUGUCUCAGGACAUUCCACCAUGUCUGCCAUGCCACAGAGCAGGAUUCCUGAUAUAGAUGCCGGUCAUAAUAGAUACCAUGACAACAGUGGCCUUAUGAUGAAUACUCUAAGAAAUGAUUUGCAGCUGAGCGAAUCAGGAAGUGACAGUGAUGACUGAAGAAACAUUCAACUAUAAAUAUAAAAUUUACAAGACGUGUGAUUAUUUUAUAUUAAGAAUAAAUAUUCCUAAGACUGAGAAAAGUGUAUCUUAACUUUUGAUGAUAAAAGAAAUUAAAUUUGAUUCAGAAUUUUCAGUUGUUAUAUUUUUGAUCUUCUGUGAGUACCAGCAUUUUCAUGUGUUUUUCAUUUAAUUUUAACAAGACUUUUUUGAAGUUUUACAGAGAAGAAAAGAGACUCAGAGGUUAGGUAACUUGCCCACGUACUGUUAGUCAACAAGUGGUAGAUCAGGUGUCCUAGGGUUCAAGUUCAGUGCUCUGUUCUGUACUACCCUGAUGUC